AUGCUUUAUGAAGAGGGGAGUUUUGUUUACAGAGGAGAUCCAGCUUAUGUGAGAGCUGGGUGUGAAGCGAGCUGCAUCGAUCUCUAUUACCAGCAUCGGAUCGAUACCACUGUCCCCAUUGAAGUCACAAUUGGAGAGCUGAAGAAGCUAGUUGAAGAAGAGACGUUGAAGAAGAUAUCAUUCCUACUUGCAGGUGCCAGAUCCGCUAAAGAGGAUUGGGAACUCGGGAUUGGUAUUGUAGCGUACAGUCCUCCGGGACGAGGCUUCUUUGCGGCAGGACCAAAGCUCAUUGAGAAUAUGGAGACUAGUGACUACAGAAAGGCAAGUACAUGGCGGUUUAUCUCCCGUCAUUAUAUGAAUAUUCAAGACGAGAACCGAGGUUUACCGAGAUUCCAACAAGAGAACUUAGACCACAACAAGAUUCUUUAUGAGAAGGAGAUGAUGUAUGGCCCCAUUCCAGGAACCUCUAAGAUCAAAAACCUUAAUCAGAACAUAGGAGCUUUAUCUGUGAAACUCACCAUCGAAGAGAUGGCUGAGCUUGACGCCAUGGGAUAUCCAGAUUCUGUGAAAGGAGAAAGAUCAGACUCUAAUGUAAUUACCUACAAGAACUCUGAAACUACACCAUUGUCUUCUUGGAAAGAAGCAUAA